AUGGGUGAUCACCUGGUGUUGUGCGUUGACCGCUUCACAAAACCUGAAAGCUUGCAAUCACCGCAAGGGAAUGAGGCCCCAGGAUCUUCUUCAGAGGGUUCAUGCUCCCAAUCGGCCGAGCUACCCACUCAUGCCAUUGAUGUUAAGGGGGUAGGGGAGAAGGUUGUAUCUGAAGAAGAAGAGCCACUGAUUCAGACGGUUGAAUGUCGCAUUUGCCAGGAAGAAGAUAGCGUUAAGAAUUUGGAAGUCCCCUGUGCUUGCAGUGGCAGCUUAAAAUUUGCUCAUAGAAAAUGUGUCCAGCGAUGGUGCAAUGAGAAGGGAGAUAUAACUUGUGAAAUUUGUCAUCAGCCAUACCAACCUGGUUAUACUGCCCCACCACCUCCGCCUCAGUCUGAAGAUACCACAAUUGACAUCAGUGAGGGUUGGACAAUCUCUGGUACCCCUUUGGAUUUGCGUGAUCCUCGACUAUUAGCAAUGGCAGCGGCUGAACGUCACUUUCUAGAGGCUGAAUAUGAUGAGUAUGCUGAUACAAAUGCUAGUGGAGCAGCUUUUUGCCGCUCUGCUGCUCUAAUUUUAAUGGCUCUCCUCCUCUUGAGGCAUGCUUUGACCCUCCCCAAUGGAGAUGGGGAUGACGAUGAUGCUUCAACCUUCUUUUCUCUGUUCUUGCUCCGGGCUGCUGGUUUUCUUCUCCCAUGCUACAUUAUGGCUUGGGCCAUCAGCAUAUUACAACGUCGAAGGCAAAGACAGGAGGCAGCAGCACUUGCGGCAACUGAGGUUGCAUUUAUGCUGCAGGCAGGGCAACGCCGGGGCUUGCAGUUCACAAUAGCUCCAGGACCUGCAGUGACUCCCCAUCAGGAGCCAAUUCAAUAA